AAACCUCCGAUAAUGAAUGGAAGCUUCGACUUGUAUGAGGUUCAACUGCGUGCUUUUCUAACCCGCUUGGGGUGCUGGAGCGUCGUAGAUGGGUCGUUUCGGACGGACCCUCAUGUGAUCAUGGAUUUUGCAGCGAGAAACAACGCGGCUCGCGAGGCGAUCCUGCAUGGUGUGCCAAGCGCCGAAGCUGAAAUGAUUUGUCAGGAGAAAACCGCGGAGGCGAUGUGGAGCCGAUUCGUUGACAGGCAGACGAAGAGAGAAUACUCAAACUAUAUCUUCACGAGAGAUGAGUUCUACUCGAAUCACUUCGUGGCUGGCAAAAACAUGAGUCAGUGGAUUAGAGAGACGGAGCUGCUUCGUUGCCAGUUACUUCAUUUUGGCAAGCAAGUCUCUGACGAAGCCUAUGCUGAGAGUCUCCUAGGUCAUGUGUCGAGAACCCACCGCGAUGUGGUGCGUCAGUUUUCGAGACGGUGGAGGUGCCGUGCGACCUGUGCCGACUUCUGCUCAAGUGAUCAAUGCUCUGCUGGCCGAGUCCGCACUUGA